AUGUCGGGCGCGGAAUCUCCGCGCUUAUCGCCCACUGGGAGCGUAUCAGGUCACAACCAACGGCGCUUCGCGACUCGGGGUCGUGACGGCGACGCGAGUCGCAACUAUCAGGCUUCGACCCUCACCCGACCUGGGGACUUCGCAGUAACAUCCGCAUCUCAAGCGGAGUCGCGAGAGGCGUUCCCCGGCGGCGACUGUCUCUUAAGCGGCAGCGGCUCCACGUUCCCCCCAAUCUCCCCGACCGGCGGAAUCUCCCCGCGCCACCCGCCGACCCACAGUCACGGCGCGUCUACCAGCGCCGCCGCGGCGUCUCAGAAGGGGUCGCUGCUCGCCGCGCCCUCCGCCGCCGGGUCCGGCGCCCCACCGCCUUCUAAAUGCGCCAGCAGCAAGCUCGCACUGGAAAUGUUGCACAAGAUGCGGCAAGGCGGUACUGCGUCUGCUGCUGCUGCUCCUGCUGCUGUUUCUGCUUCACUUUCCCGCGUUCCCCAGGCGCUGAUAGGCAUCCGGGGGCCGGACGCGUCGGGUGCACUGCUGAUCGGGAGCCGGCCAAGCCAACCUGCCAUGAGAUCUCCACGCACAAGCCCGCUGAGCCAACCCGGUGUUAGGUCACCCCGCACAGGAGCAGGAGAGGCCGGAACCCCUGGAGAUGCCAGAGGUACCGGGGAUGGAAGCACGCAGGCGCUGGACUCACCUCGCAUGGGCGCUUCAGGUGCAGGUGGGGCAGUGGCAGCAGCAGGAGGGGGAGGAGGAGGAGGGUCAGUACGGGCGGCAGGAGUGAAAGCCCAGGUGAUGUCCGAAGGAAGAGGAGGCGCGGGGCCUGCCACGUCAGCGCCGUUGUCGGGAGGCGGGGCGGGUUUGUCGGGUGGAUUGUCGGCGGAGGACGACUGGCGGCCGCGGAGUCGAACGCGGUUUGACGCCGAGGCGAUGCGCAAGGGGGAGAUCAAGCCACGGAGCAUGAAGGAGAGACGGCGGCGAGACAAGAUCAGUGAGGGGUUGAGGCAACUACGGCAAGCCAUCCCAGAAAGUCUGUUGGGUGCACAACAAGACAUGGGUGCUAUGAUCGAAGCAGCAGUCCUGCACAUAAGCAAUCUACAGGCUCGAGUGAGCAAGCUUGAAAGAGGUGCAGCGAUUGAAGAGAUUGUAGACAGAAUGCAGCCAUGA